AUGUCUCGCAUGUUUCGUGUGGCUAUUGACGGGCCUGGAGCGUCUGGAAAAAGUACUACCGCCAAACUGCUCGCGAAAAGGCUUGGCUUCUGCUACAUUGACUCCGGUGCCAUGUAUCGUGCCGUGACGUUAAAAUGCCUGGAGCAAGGUAUUAAUCCGAACGAAGCCAAACAUAAUGAUGAAAUCGGUGAAUUGACUGCCAAUAUGAAAAUCCGAUUUCCGUCAUUUGGUGUCACUGAAAUGGAUGGACGCGAUGUGAGUGAGUUGAUUCGUCGUUCCGAUAUUGUGCGUCAUAUUAGCCCGAUUGCUGCAAAUCCGCGGGUACGAGAAACGUUGGCGGAACAACAGCGAGCAUUAGCACGAGGCGAUCUUGGGGAAAUGGGCCAAGGGUCGACGAUUCCCGGCACGAGCACUCAUAUUCAAGGCGUGGUGAUGGAUGGUCGUGAUAUUGGCACUGUGAUUUUACCCGACGCUGAGCUAAAGGUGUUUUUGAUUGCUGAUCCUUAUAUUCGAGCAAAACGACGAUUUGAUGAAAUGGUCGCCAAAGGCCAGACCUCGGAUUCCUUGGAAGAUAUUGUCCGUGAUUUGAAAGCGCGUGAUGAAGCCGAUCGUACACGAACCAUUUCGCCUCUCAAAAAAGCCGACGAUGCCGUCGAACUCGAUACCAGCCACUGCAGCAUCGCAGAUCAAGUAGAAGCCAUUCAAAAAAUGGUUUAUGAACGAGCGAAAAAGUUGUACUGA